AAUCUCUCUCUCUCUCUCUCUCUCUCUCAUACACUGUGCAUCGGUGCUGCAACCUAACUGAGCAGAGAGGUUUGGGGUGGGGAUGCGUAGGGUAGAAACAAGUGAAAAGUUUGCAAAAAGGGGCACGUAAAGAUACCACCCACCAGAACAUUUCAAGUUUCUUUUUGGUUUUUCCUCUCUCACUCCCUUUUCCUAGAGAUCCCUCUUUUGUUUCAGACCAGUUGUCGUUUUUCUAGUUCGCAGUCGUGGAGAUUUGAGGGAUUUUGGGGUUUUGGGUUAGGGUUUUUGUGGGAUCACUUGUUUUUUCAUGUAAUGCUGCAUAUAAAUGCGUUCUAUCUACAUUUUUCAGAUGAAAUUUGAAGUUAUAUAACUGAUAAUCAGUGGGGAAUGUCGUGUGUUUAUAUGUAUCUUGCCUAAAUACGAAAUGCGGAGAAAUUCGGUGAUGUCGUUUGUAGGAGGGUUGAUCACAGUGGUUCUCGCUCUGAUUCAUCAUGUUAAGCUCACGAAUGCAAAUGUGGAAGGUGAUGCUUUACAUAGUUUAAGAACCAACUUAGAAGAUCCCAAUAGUGUUCUUCAAAGUUGGGAUCCCACUCUUGUUAACCCCUGCACAUGGUUUCAUGUCACCUGUAAUAACGAUAACAGUGUCAUACGAGUAGAUUUGGGAAAUGCAGCUCUUUCUGGAACUUUAGUCCCGCAACUUGGUCUACUAAAGAAUCUGCAGUACUUAGAACUUUACAGCAAUAAUUUAAGUGGACCAAUUCCUAGUGACCUUGGAAAUCUAACAAACUUAGUGAGCUUAGAUUUGUAUCUCAAUGAUUUUUCUGGCCCAAUUCCAGUCACAUUGGGCAAGCUCUCCAAGCUGCGGUUUCUUCGACUCAACAACAACAGUUUGACCGGUCCAAUUCCUAUGCCAUUGACCAAUAUCACAUCCUUGCAAGUUCUUGAUCUGUCAAACAAUCGUCUAUCGGGGCCUGUUCCAGAUAGUGGCUCAUUCUCACUUUUUACACCAAUCAGUUUUGCUAAUAAUCUGGAUCUUUGUGGCCCGGUUACUGGACACCCAUGUCCAGGAUCACCUCCGUUUUCACCACCACCACCAUUCGUCCAACCACCGCCUAUUGCCGCCCCAGUAGGAAAAAGUGCCACCGGAGCUAUCGCCGGAGGAGUUGCAGUCGGGGCGGCGUUACUCUUUGCCGCUCCGGCCAUCGCCUUCGCGUGGUGGCGGCGUCGGAAGCCUCAAGAAUACUUCUUUGACGUGCCCGCCGAAGAAGACCCCGAAGUUCAUUUAGGACAACUUAAAAGAUUUUCUUUACGAGAAUUACAAGUGGCAACCGAUAGUUUCAGCAAUAAAAACAUAUUGGGUAGGGGCGGUUUCGGAAAAGUCUACAAAGGGCGGUUAGCCGACGGCUCUUUGGUAGCUGUAAAACGGCUAAAAGAGGAACGGACGCCAGGUGGCGAGCUUCAAUUCCAAACGGAAGUCGAGAUGAUUAGCAUGGCGGUUCACCGUAACCUCCUUAGAUUACGUGGCUUUUGCAUGACACCAACCGAAAGAUUACUAGUUUACCCUUACAUGGCAAACGGUAGUGUCGCUUCGUGUCUAAGAGAACGGCCGCCGAACGAGCCGCCGUUGGAUUGGCCGACACGUAAGCGGAUUGCGCUGGGGUCCGCGAGGGGGCUUUCGUAUUUGCAUGAUCAUUGUGACCCGAAGAUCAUACAUCGUGAUGUGAAAGCGGCUAAUAUUUUGUUGGAUGAAGAGUUUGAAGCGGUUGUUGGUGAUUUUGGUUUGGCUAAAUUAAUGGACUAUAAAGAUACGCAUGUCACGACAGCUGUACGUGGGACAAUUGGCCAUAUUGCCCCCGAGUAUCUUUCAACCGGGAAAUCAUCGGAAAAAACCGAUGUUUUUGGUUACGGGAUUAUGCUUUUGGAACUUAUUACCGGUCAACGCGCGUUUGAUCUUGCUCGGCUUGCCAAUGAUGAUGACGUCAUGUUACUUGAUUGGGUGAAAGGGCUAUUGAAAGAGAAGAAAUUGGAGAUGUUAGUGGAUCCGGAUUUAGAGACGAAUUAUGUGGCGACAGAAGUGGAGCAGUUGAUCCAGGUGGCGUUGCUAUGUACACAAGGGUCACCGAUGGACAGGCCAAAAAUGUCGGAUGUUGUACGGAUGUUGGAAGGUGAUGGGUUGGCGGAAAGAUGGGAUGAGUGGCAGAAGGUGGAGGUGCUCCGCCAUGAACUUGAUCUUAUGCCGCUACCGAGUUCUGAUUGGAUUCUUGACUCCACUGAUAACUUGCAUGCGGUUGAAUUAUCGGGCCCUAGGUGAUGGAAAUUGGAAAGAAAUGGUCUUUUUUUUUUUGUUUAGUAGGGAUCUUGACAUGUUGUAAU